AUGAAGACGUUAUGGGUAUUGGUUGCAUUGGCAGGAGUUUCGUUAGCCGAUUUGCCAUCAUGUGAACGAGCACGAUGUAGCCACUGUGAGGUGAAAUUCAUAGCAAAAGUAUGUAAAAAGACUUGCGACGCCUGUCCGCAGACGAUUACGGAAGUGAACUUGGAGCCCAGAGAAGUGCGUUUCCAGCAGCCCUACCACUAUGCACAAUAUGCUGCUCCUCAGACUGGCCAAGUUCCGGUAGUCCAGUAUCCACAGCAGCAACCGUUCCCGGGUGUGUCGACGUUGGCACCACUUCUGCCAGCAUUACGACCAACCGAAAUCAACAGCAAUCUUGCAAGUCAACCCGCUGAUUUAGCUCAGCCGCUACCCGAAUACGGCAGGAGUACUCAGAUUCAGAGUGGAUUCCAAUUACAACAGCCACCAACUCAAUACCAAAGUUCGGCAGCUGCACCAACACCGUACUACAACACAAAUCAAAACCCCUUCCCAUCCACCUCAUUCUCACAGCCAACAUAUCAACCAGCACAACAAAGUCAGAGCUCAGUACAGUACCCUCAACAGCAACCAACAUCUCCGUUACUGAAUCCUUUCCAACCUUUCAUGCAGCAGGUGGGUGCCGGCAGUGCGCAAUCUUUACUGGAUCCAUUUGGUCUCUUCAACCUAGGAGCUCUAGCACCGGUAACACCAGCUCCGAACCCGUUCGCACCACCACAGACCGGUUUUGGAUCAUCAGCAUUGACCAAUCAACAACCAUUACAACAGCCAACGUUAGCCCAACAACAGCCAUCACAGGGAUCGUACUUAGACCAAACUCAGCAGCUUCAAUAUGAUCAACAACGUCAAGUUAACUAUAACUACAACACACAGACCUACCCCGGUCAACAGCAACAGGUCCCUGCUGUUCAACAACAACAACAACGACUUCAAAAUGUCUACGGACAACAAAACACCAACUACAAUGCCCAGCAGCAACAACAACAGAGAGGCUCACAGCAAGUCAACCAACAAGCACUACCACAGUACCGAGUCAAUCAACCACAACUUCAACAGCAACGUUUGCAAGUACAGGGAAGUAACGCCCUUCCACGAUUGCCUUCCUCACCAAGCAUAGAUGCUCCACCAAUCAAUGUGCAGAAGUAUGUGGACGGUAAGGGCUCUGUACCUCAACCCCCGCCACAGCAGUGUCCCCGACAACCCGGAUGGGCACCUUGUAUUACAAAGCAGCAGGCGAAUGAGCGAUUUACCAAUUGUUGUGCUCGACUUGGAGACGGAUGUACACCACUUUGCAACUACGAUGCUCCCUUGGCUACGAUGCAACUGGCCGUUUUGACCGGUCGAUGUCCACUUAAUAAAAUGGCCGACAUUAUGGUUUGUGCUUCCGGUUAUGAGGAUGCCACUGCUUGCUGUGAAGCGUACAAUGUAUUCGAACCUGGCUAUGAACAAUGCCGACCAUACUGUAAUCCAGCUGCUGGUCUUCCACAAGGAGGACUACUUUCGGAGAAAUACAAAUGUCUUGCAAAACUGUCACAUAUCCAGCAAUGCUUCUAUGUCUCACAAAAGCCCUAG